ACAGAGAGACACUGCCUCGAAGGCUUGUUGCAGCCAUGUUGGUUUUCUCCUGGUCUCUUCUGGUGCUGUUGCUGGCCUCCUCCUCCUGGGCUGAGAACCAGCCUUAGAUGAGCCCAUUCUGAUCGGAGGAGACAUUGCGAUCAAGUCUGAGGGGGACCGAAACGCUGACCCCUGCACCACCAAAGGCUGCAUGUGGUUAAAAUAUACUGAUGGAAAAGUCUACAUCCCCUACUACAUCGCUGACCAUUACUCCACCCGUGAGAGGGCCAUCAUUGAACGUGGACUGGAAUCUUUCAGUUCAUUUUCCUGCAUCCGUUUCAGACCCUAUCAGAACGGUGACCAUGAAUGGCUGAGCAUUGAAUCCAGGAAUGGCUGUUACUCCUACGUGGGCCGUCAGGGGGGUGGUCAGACGGUGUCUCUGAGCCGACAGGGCUGUCUGUACCACAGCACCGUCCAGCAUGAGCUCCUCCACGCCCUCGGCUUUAACCACGAACAGACCCGCUCGGACCGGGACAACCACAUCAAAGUGCACUGGGACAACAUCAUCGACGGCAUGGAAUAUAAUUUCUAUAAGAUUGACACUCUGAAUCAGGGUACUCCUUAUGACUACAACUCAGUCAUGCAAUACGAGAGGUAUGCCUUCUCUAAGAACAACUAUCCCACCAUGGAGCCCAUUCCAAACAACAACGUGUCCUUCGGCCAGGCCACGGAGAUGAGCAAGAACGACAUCGACAGGCUGAACAGACUCUACCAGUGCUAAACCGCUCUGGUGACCUUUGAACUGGCACCGUGAAGACAUCCCACCAUGCUCAGGGAGAGAAGGAUGCUCCACACUGUCUGACCAGAAAAACAAAGUAAAAAAAUAAAUAAAUACAAAAAUAAAAA